AUGGCGAUAGACCGGCGACGUGAGGCAGCGGGCGGCGGGCCCGGGAGGCACCAGCCCCCAGCGGAAGAGAACGGCUCCUUGCCGCCGGGGGAGGCGGCGGCCUCGGCGCCCCUCGGGGGACGUGGCGGCCCCGGCGACGGGGAGAUCCAGUCGCUGCCCCCAUUGCCCGCGGCCUCGGCCGCAGGCGUCCCGCACUCCGGCUGCUGCGCGUCGGCGUCGGCGCCCAGCGUCCUGUUGCUGGACUACGACGGGUCGGUGCUGCCCUUCCUUGGGGGACUGGGCGGAGGCUACCAGAGGACCCUUGUGCUGCUCACCUGGAUUCCGGCGCUGUUCAUCGGCUUCAGUCAGUUCUCGGACUCCUUCCUCCUGGACCAGCCGAACUUCUGGUGUCGCGGGGCAGGCAAAGGGGCCGCUGCCACGGACCGUUGGGGCGCCGGGGACCUGGGCAACUGGAGCAGCCCCUCGGCCACCCCCUUCUCCACUGCUGCCUGGGGGCCCGCAAGCAACCGCAGCAAUAGCAGCGCUGCCGCAGGGGGCGACACGCCACCCCUGCCAUCCCCUCCGGACAAGGGGGACAACGCCUCCAAUUGCGACUGCCACGCAUGGGACUACGGCAUCCGCACCGGCCUGGUCCAGAAUGUGGUCAGCAAGUGGGACCUCGUGUGUGAUAAUGCCUGGAAGGUCCACAUUGCUAAGUUCUCCUUACUGGUUGGAUUAAUCUUUGGCUACCUAAUAACCGGAUGCAUCGCUGACUGGGUCGGCCGGCGGCCUGUGCUACUGUUUUCCAUCAUCUUCAUUCUGAUCUUUGGACUGACCGUGGCGCUGUCAGUGAAUGUGACGAUGUUCAGCACGCUCAGAUUCUUUGAAGGGUUCUGCCUGGCUGGAAUAAUUCUCACCUUGUAUGCAUUACGAAUAGAACUGUGUCCCCCUGGAAAGCGGUUCAUGAUCACCAUGGUGGCGAGCUUCGUGGCCAUGGCUGGGCAGUUCCUGAUGCCGGGGCUGGCCGCCCUGUGCCGGGACUGGCAGGUGCUGCAGGCCCUCAUCAUCUGCCCCUUCCUAUUCAUGCUGCUCUACUGGUCGUAA